AUGCUGGAGCACACCGAUCGCCGUGGUCGAACAAGUAUCUCCCCGCCGUGGCCUUCUCGCUCCCGUGCGGGGGAGGUACCGCCCCUCGGGCGCGCUGCGGGAGCUGGAGCAGGUUUUCAACGACGUCUUCGACGCCUACAAGGGGGCCGUGCGGACUACGACGGCGGCGUCUCGUCGGCAUAUCUGUGGGAUCUGGAGGAGGGCUUCGCCGGAGCCUUCCUCAUCCGCAAGGUCGCGAGCGACAGCCGCGGCGUGGACAGGGCCGUCUGGGACUCCGUGCACCUCGUGGAGGUGAGGGAGCGCGCCACGUCCCAGUGGACCGAGUACAAGAUCUCCACCACGGUGCUGCUGCACAUGGAGAUGGGGGAGAGGGGCAGGGAGGAGUCCGAGCUGGCCGGCCACAUCACCCGGCAGGCCGAGAAGAACGCCAGCAGGCACAAGAAGUCAGCGGAGGACAUGCACCUGCCACACAUCGGGCGCCUGAUCGAGGACAUGGAGAACCAGGUGCGGCAGAGCCUCGACCACGUGUACAUGGCGAAGCAGCGGGAGGUUGUUCACGCGGUGAGGUCGAUGGACUACGCUGAUCUGUCCAGUGCGCCUGCGGUGAAGCAGGUGGCGGAGAGCGCAAAGGACGAGAAGGAGCGCCGGCAGAGGAACGAGAAGGAACGCCAGGUCAGGCUGGAGGCCGAGCAGGAGGUGAAGAGGCACUUCCAGCAGAGAGCAGAGGAGGAGGCCGCCGAGAAGGCGGCGCAGGUCGCGCAGCAGAGGGCCGCGGAGGACGCGGCCGCCGCGGCCUAG